AUGUGCACUAGUUCUUUUGAUGGUAUCAUAUCUGAAGUACCAGGAAUUGCAGUGGAUAAUUUUGAAAGUUUCGAUAAAAGGGCAUAUUUUCUGAGCCACUGUCACCGUGAUCACACGCAAGGCCUCUCGGAUACGAGGUUAAAAAGACAUCUCGACGAAAACAAAGUAUAUAUUUAUACAUCUGAAGUGUCGGCGGCGAUUAUUGCUACGACUGCUGAUUUUGCAUUCGUAAAAGACAAUGUUAUUACUUUACCUUUGGGUACAGAAACUAUAAAACUAAAUGAAACUGACUACCAUAAAGAAUGUUACGUUCAAGUUACAACCAUACCUGCUGGACACUGCUUCGGUUCCAUAAUGUUUCUAUUUAGAACAACUCACAAGACCGUACUGUUCACUGGUGACUUCCGUAUCAGUAUUAACGAUGUCUCCAAACUGGGACAACUGCACAACAAGAAUGGUGAUCCAAUAUUCAUAGAUAAAAUGUAUGUGGACACUACAUUUCUGAAUUGGAAGUAUGAUAAUUUCCCUAGAAGAAGCGAUAGUGUACAAUGUGCUUUAUUAGAAAUCAAGAAUUGGUUGAAUAGCAGUGUAGAUAAUUUAGUUGCAUUACAUACUUCAGCGAAAUAUGGUUAUGAAUUUGUUUUUAAUGAGAUUUUUAAGCAGUUGGGAUAUAGAGUUUACAUCGGUGAAGGUUGGAAUCUGUACAGGUUAUUCCAAAAUCAAGUACCCGGAGUGACCAAUGAUGCUAAAAGUACUAGGAUACACAAAUGCACCAACCGCAAUGAGAGAUACCCACACAAAUGUCUGCCUUACGACACCAGCAAUAAGUGUUUUUUAUACGUACACUUAUCAGCGAUGUUAUGGGAAAAUUUCGAUUUGGAAAACUUCACUCAUGUCAGGACAUCGGAGAAUAGAAUCAAUAUAUGUUUUCCAACUCACUGUAGUAGAAGUGAGUUGGUGAAUUUUGUGAGUUAUUUUUCACCGAAGCAAAUUAUCGGUUUUCCUAAUGAAUAUAAAGUUGAAAAUGUUGUUAAAAAAUCGAACAUAGUGUUUAGGCCUCCUAAGAGGUCGUUAAGAGGUGAUGCCACCAUUAAAGUUAAAAAAUCAAGAUGA